UCGCCGUGCCCCCAGCGCCAACAGUCCCCUGGUAGAGUCGGCGCGCACACCACGCGUCGAAGUCUUGCCGUACAGUUACAGUGCGCGAGUUUCGCAGCCGAUAAGUGUAUUGUUCAAUUAAAACAGUUGACAGUUCGGUUGUGAGGACCCCUCUGUAAGGAACAAGUGAGGUGCCUUUGGGAAUUUCAGGAUUUUAUUUGUUUAACCUGAAAAUCGCGCUAAGGCACAGGUGCCACUCACGCCGUGAUCACCAAAAUGGGUUAAUUCGCGUGUUGACAACCAAGUGUUAUCUGUCGGACUUGAUACCCAUUAGCGUAGUGAGUGUGAGUCGCGAUCGCGCGGACAAUUCAGUGGCGAGAGUGACGUGACUAUACCGCCAUGUAUUCUAUGAACUAUAUCGGCAAGUUCAUUGCGAACUUCCGCGACUUUUACAAUGAGAUCAACGGAGCGACGCUGACGGGAGCCAUCGACGUGGUGGUGGUGGAGCAGCCCGACGGCAGCUUCACGUGCUCGCCCUUCCACGUGCGCUUUGGCAAGCUGGGAGUGCUGCGAUCAAGGUUCAAAGUGGUGGACCUAGAGCUGAACGGAGAAGCGCUGCCGAUUCACAUGAAGCUAGGCGAGUCGGGCGAGGCGUUCUUCGUGGAGGAAGUGGGCGAGGACGAGGCGGCGUGCGCGGCGCACCUGGCCACGUCGCCGAUACCCGCCGGCCGCUUCGACGAGCUGUACGAGCCGAGGCGGCGGAACUCGCUGUCGGCCGUCGAGCCGGAUCACGGGCAGGCCUCGGAUUAUACUAAGCGCAGAUACACCGCGGACGGACAAUCAAUGCAGAAGCCAAACUUCAGUAAGAUGACGAAAAAAGACCCCAUAAAAGACGUAGAAAUAACAACAACUGACUCUCACGACCAUGACGCGCUGUUUGAGAUGGAAGGACUAGACGAGGUGCAGGGUUCUUGGCCGGAAAACGUGGCACCAAAGACGUUUAGCGCCACGCAAUUGGGGGAAGAAUGUGAGGCGAGCCAAACGGUGCAGAUGAUUAGCGCUCACAACGACUUCCGACCAAUAGAGGCGCAGGAGGAGGUGAAACAAAACGGCAACGGGAAGAAGAAGAAGAAGACUCGGAAGGUCAGCUCCAAGAAGAAGCACCAGAGGAAGUCGUCGAGCAGUUCCAUAUCGAGCCAGUCGGACCGAGCCGGGUCGGAACAGCGGUCGGCCCCAACCUCCAUCCCCAAUGCCACGGACAUCAACUUCUUCAGUGACACGGAGGUCAACUCUGCAGUCCUCAGUGAAGAGAUGUCCAAGUUCAAGCUGAACGGCGACAAGAGGAUCCCGCUGGCGCUGUCAGACACUGCGUUCGAGGUGCACGCCGCCUCCCGAAACGCGGGAUCACGUAGCGGCACUCCGGUGCAAUCUGACACCGAGGUGGAGCUGUCCAGGACCACGGGAGGGGACAAAUCGUCCCAAUCCUGGCGCUGGGGCGAGUUGCCCGAGCCGCCAGUUCGAACGGAGAUACCUUCGGAGUCUCCCGACUCUCCUAUAACCCCUGCGUCACCAGCUUCACCUACAGAACCCCUGAGUUCUGAUGAAGAAAGAUCGGGGAGACGAGGGGUCCUCAGUGGAAUGUUCAAGUUCAUGUCGGCGCGGGAACAGACGGAGGCGGCGGGAGGGGUGUACUUGGAUGACCUUGACAGAGGUCAGGUGGAUCUGGACCUGUACUUCCCGAAGCAACACGCUGAGCAGUACAGAGCUGGAACAUCAACCCACGCGGCCGCCCGCGCCGCGCCCACCGAAGAGGAGUACGAGUCUGGCAACGGGCCGUCGCUGCCGCAGUCGCCGGCCUCGCUCGACGCACGGGACCUCUCGUCGUUGGAUGAUGACAACAUACUCGCCAAGGGCCAAGUGGGCGUCUACGCGCGCGAGGAAUCAAGCGGCGGCUCCGUGUCGCGAGCCAUAGACUUCGAGGAGUUCUGCUCUAGAGGCGGCUCGCUGGCGGCGGAGGGGCGGCUGCUGGUGCGGCUGGGGGACAGGCACCUGCCGUGGCGCAGCGCGGGCCCGCUGCUGCUGAGCCUGCUCGCUUUCGGACGCCCGCUGCCUAGUCGGGUGCUAGAAGCCCUGGAGAAGGGCAAGGAGGCGGAGGCGGAGGCGCGGGGCAAGCCGCGCGGCUACUCGUGGUGGAGCUGGCGCCGCUCCAACGAGGACACUAAACACCUAUCAUCCGAUUGCAGCAUCGAAUCUACCGCGCCCACAACCCAACUUCCUCAAGACGCUACAGAAGUCCCGGCCGAAGUUAGCUCCGAGGUGAAAGAGCAGAGUGAAGUGAGCGCCGAGCCGCAGCCAGCCAAUGAGGAGCCGGCUCAGGAGACCAUGGCCAAUAUUGAUGAAGUUAUUGAACCACCCGAAGUUGUCGAGGUGCUGGAUCAGAGUGAAGAGAGGAAUGAGCGAGACCACCCAGAGCAAAGCUCGUCAGACUCAGAUGACCCGCACAUGUCCAAGCGGCCCUCACGGAGACAUUCCACCUUCAGGAAGACCUUGAGACUCUCUUCUGAUCAGAUUAAAAAGCUGAACCUCCUGCCCGGCAUGAACGAGAUGGUGUUCAGCGUCACCACCGCCUACCAGGGCACCACGCGCUGCAAGUGCAACGUGUUCCGCUGGCGGCACGACGACAAGGUGGUCAUCUCGGACAUCGACGGCACCAUCACCAAGUCCGACGUCCUAGGGCACAUAUUCCCGCUGGUCGGCAAGGACUGGGCGCAGUCGGGAGUCGCUCAACUCUUCACCAAGAUCAAGAACAACGGCUACCAACUGCUGUAUCUGUCGGCGCGGGCCAUCGGCCAGGCGAGGGUUACCCGUGAAUACCUCCGCUCAAUCCGGCAAGGCGAGGUCUGUCUGCCCGACGGACCACUAUUGCUGAACCCCACGUCUCUACUGCGCGCCUUCCAUCGGGAGGUCAUCGAGAAGAAGCCGGAGGAGUUCAAGAUCCAGUGCCUGGCUGACAUCAAGGCGCUGUUCCCGCACGGGUCUAAUCCUUUCUAUGCUGGAUAUGGGAAUAGGGUUAAUGACGUGUGCGCGUACCAAGCGGUGGGCAUCCCGAUAGUGCGGAUAUUCACCAUCAACUACAAGGGCGAGCUCAAGCACGAACUGACGCAGACAUUCCAAUCCACGUACUCCCACAUGUCGGUGCUAGUGGACCAGGUGUUCCCGCCGGCGCUGUGCGAGUGGACGGACGAGUUCUCGCACACCAACUACUGGCGCGACCCCGUGCCCGCCCUCGACCUGCCGCCGCCGCCCGCGCCCGCGCCCGUGGCCAAACCUAAGCAGUAGGCCGGUGGGACGGUGAAAUGUAGUAAGCGCGGUUUUUAACAAAAAUGUGGGGAUAAAAAAUAUUUGUAUUGCAAGUUUUUGGGAUGUGAAUAUUUUUUGGAUGUCUCGUUUGAUGAUUCAGAUGAGUUGGUUACUUACUUAAAUAAUUCGAUUUGAUCGUUUUUGUUGAAAAUUGUGAUUAGUACAUUUUUCCAUAGCCAGACAUGUUAACAGAUAGCAUGGGUUAAGCAGUGAAGAAUGCUCGUGCUAUAAGCAAAAACUACCUUAUUCCAGUGUACCUUCAGCUGAUCUUAUGCCGUAGGUACUUUUAUAGAGCUAUAUCACUGCUCCUGUGCUAUCAUGGACAUGUUUUAGGUACUGGGAACUUUUAUAAAUGCUUAAAUAGGCUGUGAAAUACCUAAAUUCACAACCUAGCUUCCAAAAUGUUCCCAGACUGAUUUAAAAAGCAGAACAAUAUUAUCAACUUCACUUACGUUCUGCUUUCAGUCAGCUUUCCACCAUUAUUGUAUUAGGUCUGUACGUUUUAAAGAGUAGUGUAGCUUGUAUUGUGUUCGCUGUCGGCCAUAGAGUGUGACUGGUGAUCUCAUGAGCUGUUGACAGUGGCGACCUCUGGUGGCGACACAAGGCUUCGUGACGCUGUGUCUAUCUAUAAGUACCCACAGGCAUGCCUGGUUGCAGUGAGCUAGUUAUAAUCACCAUUAUGUAGACUAAUGUAAUAAACAAAUACCAAGACUGUAUGUACCACGAUUGCAAUGACAUAAAUGUAAAUUUUGUUUAGUGUUUAAGUCUCGCGUCUGUUUAGUUCUCGCCGAUCAUGUAGGCUCUGUGAUGACUGAUGAUUAGCAAUGCUUUAUUUUUAUACUGUGAUUAUUAUUAUUUGUAUGCUAAGUUGUCUUUGUGUUAUUUAUACAUCCUUAUAGAGUAUGUGGCCAGAGGCUUCUCAAUAAUACAUAGUUUGAUGGUGUCUAGAAACAUGGAAAUAGUGAAUUAUAUAUAACAUUUAUAAAGUUAAGUUAAUUAAAAUAAAUAUUAGACUUUGGGUUUUGCCUGAACUAGGCUUUGGUAAGUUUUAUAGUUUAAUAUAUUGUUUCUGUGAUGAUUAUUGCUGUUUUUUUGAAGAACAUUUUAGGUAUAAAUGAUUUUCCCUAAAGGGACCUCAUGACAUUCAUUUGCAAAGGUUUAUUUUUGUAUACAUAUUUUCAAUUCGCAAUAAAAGUCUUGUUAGUUUUGAGAUUGGUUACUAAAGUUAAUUUAAAUAAAAUACAAUGGUGUUUUAUACAGUCA